AUGGGCUUUACUCAAGAAGGGCCCCAGCACUUCACGGCAAAUCUGGGGGAGGACGUGAUCCUGCACUGUGCUCUCGAGUUCCCGGAAAACAAGCCCGUGCCCUACGUCAUCCAGUGGCAGAAGCAAGGUAUCAAGAUACCAAUCUACAUUUGGUACGACGGAUACCCGCCCCACUCUGGAGAUGGCUACGAAGGCAGGGUUUCGCUUUACGAGUUAGCCUCGCUGAAUCUCACGAAUGUGCAGGAGAGCGACCAGGGCUGGUACGAGUGCAAGGUGUACUUUCUCAACAGACCUCCGGAUUCCCCCAAAAACGGCACUUGGGUGCAUCUCGAUGUUCAUGCGCAACCCCACUUUAAAACAAAGCCCCCUGAUGUGGUGUACGUCAAAGUUGGAGAGUCGGUAUCCUUGCCAUGCGAAGCAGCCGGAACUCCUCCCCCAGCCCUCAUAUGGUACAAAGACAGUUCACCGUUGGAAGAAAGUAGAACAGUCCAAAUCCUCCCGACAGAGUUGCGGAUUAGUAACCUGAGACAGACAGACAUUGGUGAUUACAUGUGCUUGGCAAAAAACAGAAUAGGAAAUGUCACUUCCACGAGUAAAGUUAUUGUCGCAGGACCAGCCUCAAUCGUGGUACCACCUCGGAACGUCACGAAGCUGGAAGGAGACAGAGCGGAAUUUAUCUGUGAAGCCAAGGCCUUGCCGAGUAACGUGACACACCGCUGGUUCCACAACGGAGUUGAAAUCAGUCAGCUGUCGUGGCUAGAAACGAGGACAGUUGUGAGGAGGGAUGGAACACUUUUCAUCAGUCCAACCUCUGCAGAAGACAGUGGGAAAUUCACGUGCGAAGUCACCAACGGCAUCGGCGCACCCGUCACAGCUUCCGCCUACCUCAGCGUCGAGUAUCCGGCUCGCGUCACCUAUUCUCCCACCACCCAGUACCUACCCGAGGGCCUGUCCGGCGUGGUGCGCUGUUACGUGCAGGCCAGCCCGCCCUUCCAGUUCAUAACGUGGACGAAGGACCGGCGGCCUUUCGACCCCAACGCCACCCCCGGCGUGGUCACGCUCAACAACGGCUCCUUGCUCUUCCAGCGCAUCACCCAUGAGCACCAGGGCCGGUACCGGUGCACCCCCUACAACAUCCAUGGCACGGCUGGCACAUCCAACGUCAUGGAAGUGCUCGUCAGAGAGCCUCCAACAUAUACAAUGAAGCCAAAAGAAAUAUAUCAAAAGCCAGUUGACAGUGAAAUUAAAUUACCUUGUGAUGGAAUUGGUCAACCUAAGCCUGCUAUAACAUGGCGAAGAGCUGAUGGAACAAAGCUACCCAGAGAGAGAGCUUUGAUAAGAGGUGGAAAUUUAACAAUAAGGGGACUCAAGAAAGAAGACCAUGGACGUUAUGAAUGUGUUCUGGAAAAUGAAAUUGCUACUCUAGUUACAAGUACACUUCUACUUGUAGAAAGGACAACACCUCAUGCUCCUACCAAUGUUACUGUAAAUACUAGCACUGUAGCAGCUACUUUGACAUGGUUGCCUGCAUAUGAUGGUGGACAUGAGCAAACUUAUGUUAUUUGGUACAGGCUUGCUGACCAAGGGGAUAGUGACUGGAGAACUAUUAGAGUCUAUCCUGAUGGUGCAACAACUUUUACUGUAUAUAAUUUGCAAGCAGAUACUGAAUAUGACUUCCAAGUGCUUUCAAGGAAUAAGUUAGGUGAUGGAAUGUUCAGUCCUAUUAUUAGGGCAAAAACAAAAUCGAAUGAUAAUGUUCCUCUUCCUCCUGCUGAACCAUCUGAUGUUAUUACGAUCACUGCAACUCCUGAACCUUCUAAUGGCUCUGGUUCUGUUCCUACUGAGCCUCCUACUCCAGCAGGCCCUACUCCUGGUCCAGUAAGAAAUGUAACAGUUAUUAAAACUACUCUAGGUGUUCGAAUCACAUGGAAUCCUCCUGCUGAUUCUAUACCUAUAUCACAUUAUAUCAUUGAUUAUAAAAAUGAUGUACAGUGGCAACAUUGGGGCCCUAUUAAAGAUGCAACAAAUUAUGAAGCUAAGCUUCAACAAGGUGGAAAAUAUAAAUUUAGAAUUAUAGCAUAUUCAACUGCAAAUGUUCCAUCUACGCCUAGCCAAGAAGUGAACCUUGAAAUACAUGGUGAUCUACAAGAUCGAAAUCGAAGCAAAGCCAUAACAGCUGGAGUGGUAGGAGGAAUACUGUUUUUUAUUGCAGCAAUUGUUUUAUCUGUAUGUGCUGUUAAAAUAUGUAAUAAAAGGAAAAGAAGAAAAGCUGAGAAAGCAUACAUGAUGGUAACAUGUCCAAUAGCAGACGCAAGAAAUGGAGGUCAUUCACAUGGUGGUAGUCCUGUUCCCCUUAAAAAGUGA